AUGGCGACUAGGAAGAAAUACACAGUUUUGAAUAUGCAACAACGCUUGGACGUUUUAAAAGAUCUGCAAGAUACGGCACUCACGAUAUCGGAAAUUGGAAAAAAGUAUGGUGUCGACGCCAAAACAAUUCGUCGAAUUAAGAAGAAUAGGAUACAAAUUAGUAGUUUUACAGAUAAAACAAAGCGUAAAAGACAGCGACAGAAAUUAAUAGAUCCGGUAUACGAUAAAUUGGACAAAUGCCUUUUAGCAUGGUUUAUUGAACGGAGGACCAUUGGCGAUCGAUUAACGGACGCGUUGCUAUUAGAAAAAGCCAGUGAAUUAAAAGAAAAUUUGCCAUCAUGUUCGCGUUUCAAACUAAACCGUGGAUGGCUAUCUAAAUUCAAAAAACGUCAUGGCAUACGUUUGGUACGCUUGUAUGGAGAGAAGGCGAGUGCUGACAAAGAUGGAGCAACAACAUUUGUAAACAAUUUUAAAAAACUAAUAAACGAUGACGAUAUAAAUUUGGAGAACAUAUGCAACAUGGACGAAAGUGGAUUGGUAUGGAAGAUGCUACUAACAAAGACGUUGGCAGGAGAGGAAGAAAACCAUUGGUUUGAAAAUCAUUUUAAACCCUCCGUAAACCAAUUUCAAGAGGAACGAGGUAUAACAGGAAGAGUGAUAUUAUUUGUUGACAAUUGCGAAGCGCAUAAAUUACCAGCAGGAAAUUUAAAAGACGAGAAGUUUGAAAUAAUAUUUUUACCACCCAAUACAACAUCCUUGAUCCAACCAAUGGAUCAGGGAGUUAUAGAAAAAACUAAACGAGCUUUCUGCCAUAAACUGCUCCAACGCGUGUUAACAUAUGAUGGUGGAGUACAUGAAUUUUAUAAAGAAUAUACUUUAAAAAAUUGUAUUGAUAUUUUAACUCAAGCAUGGUCAGCAGUAACGCAAACAAAUUUAAGAAAUGCGUGGAAUCAAAUUCUUGAACCUGUUGCUGCUGUCCAACCUCCACCUUUAGAAUCUGAUUGGCAGGAUAUGAUAAGUGCCAUUACGGGAAAAGACUGUUCAGAACAACAGGUUGCAGAUUUUUUAUCCACCUGCCAGGAAUUAGAAGGUAAAAGUGCAGACCAGCAGGAACAUGAAGAUGUUUUAAACGAACCCCAGGAGAAACCACCCGAAACGAUGUUCGAGGAGGACAACGAUACAGUUGACGAUUUACGCGACAUAUUUAGUCGCUUAAGUGUUCAUAGUGACAAAGCACCACUACAUAUACAAUAUGCGGUACAGAGCCUGAAGAUAUUUUUCUUAAACAAAGAAUAA